AUGAGCGCUGCCCCGGCCAUUUCGAAGGACUUCAUGGUCGCGAACAAGUACAAGCUCAUCCGCAAGAUCGGUUCCGGCUCCUUUGGCGACAUCUACGCGGGCAUCAAUGUGUCAAAUGGCGAGGAGGUGGCCUGCAAGUUGGAGUAUACCAGCGCCCGUCACCCGCAGCUUCUCUACGAGUCCAAGGUCUACAAGAUACUCCAAGGCGGCGUCGGCAUCCCGCACAUCCGAUAUUAUGGCGUCGAGGGACAGCACAACUGCCUCGUCAUGGACCUUCUUGGCCCAUCGCUUGAAGACCUGUUCAACUUCUGCAGCCGUCGCUUCACGAUGAAAACUGUCCUGAUGCUCGCGGAUCAAAUGAUCGGCCGCAUCGAAUACGUGCACGUCAAGAACUUUAUUCACCGCGACAUCAAGCCCGACAACUUCUUGAUGGGCAUAGGACGGCACUGCAAUAAGCUUUUCAUCAUUGAUCUCGGCCUCGCGAAGAAAUAUCGUGACACUCGUACCCGCUGUCACAUUGGAUACCGUGAGGACAAGAGCUUGACGGGAACCGCUCGCUAUGCGUCCAUCAAUGCUCACCUCGGCAUCGAGCAAAGCCGCCGAGACGACAUGGAGUCGUUGGGCUACGUGCUGAUGUACUUCAACCGUGGAACCCUACCAUGGCAAGGACUUAAAGCAGCGAAUAAGAAGCAGAAGUAUGACAAGAUCUCUGAAAAGAAAAUGUCGACUCCGGUGGAAUCCUUGUGCAAGGGAUUUCCUGCCGAGUUCGCGAUGUAUCUGAACUACUGCCGUGGACUUCGUUUCGAUGAGGCCCCCGAUUACAUGUAUCUCCGGCAGUUGUUCCGCAUCCUCUUCCGGACGUUGAACCACCAAUACGACUACACGUUUGACUGGACCGUGAUCAAGCAGAAGCAACAGGCUCGGGAGAGCGCUGCUCAGCGCGCUCCGCAGAUGGCAUCCGGACCUGGACCAAGCGCA